AUGUCUCUCAUUUUACCAUUUUUGUCUUUUCCAAUUUUUCUCAUUUCCUCCUUUCCUCUCGAAGAAUUUUCUUACUUUCAUAUGCACUUCACAGUUUAUUAUUUCUCUUUCAUUGUACCAAUUUUGCCUUUCUCCAUAGCUCAUUUCCUUCUUUACCUUAGAAGAAUUUUCUUUCUCUCAUAUGCACUUUCCAGUUUUUCAUCUCUCUUUCCCUCAUUUUACUAUUUUGAAGAAUUUCCUUUCUCUCAUAUGCACUUUCCAGUUUUUCAUCUCUCUGUCCCUCAUUUUACUAUUUUGGUCUUUUUCCAUAACUCAUUUUUUUACUUUCCCCUAAAGGAAUUUUCUUUCUCUCAUAUGCACUUUACAGUUUUUCAUGUCUCUCUCAUUUUACCAACUUUGCCUUUUUCCAUAACUCAUUUCCUUCUUUACCAUAGAAGAAUUUUCUUUCUUUCAUAUGCACUUUCCUGUUUUUCAUCUCUCUGUCCCUCAUUUUACUAUUUUGAGGAAUUUUCUUUCUUUCAUAUACACUUUCCAGUUUUUCAUGUCUCUCUCAUUUUACCAACUUUGCCUUUUUCCAUAACUCAUUUCCUUCUUUACCUUAGAAGAAUUUUCUUUCUCUCAUAUGCACUUUCCAGUUUUUCAUCUCUCUGUCCCUCAUUUUACUAUUUUGGUCUUUUUCUACAUUUUUCUUUCUUUCUCUCAUAUACACUUUUUAGUUUUCCACUUCUCUUUCUUUCUCUCUCUCUCUCUCUUAAUAACAGUUUUUUCAAAAUACACCUAUCUUUCUUUCUCUCUUUCUAUUCAAUUUUCCCUUUUUUUAAUGAUUCAUUUUUUCCUUUUCCCAUAAUUUCAUUCUUUCACAAUCUUCUAUACACUUUCUCUCCUUUUUCCAUUAUUCACUUCUCACUCAUUUCACAAUUCUCUCUCUUUUUUUCCACUGAAUCUCUCUCUCCCCAUCAUAUUUUUAUUGCAUCUCCCUCUCUUUCAAUAAUUAUUUCACAAUUCUUUCUCCCUGUCUCUCUUUUCAUUAUAUCUCUCUCUCUCUUCAAUAAUUAUUUCACAAUUCUCUCUCUCUUUCUUUUCUUCAUUACAUCUCUCUCUCUCUCUUUAAUAAUUAUUUCACAACUCUCUUUCUUUUUACUUGAUUUUCAAUUCAAAGUUUUCCUUUUCCUAGACUGGUUACCACCUCUACGCAAAACAUAG